AUGGCAGAGGCAAGGGGGCCGCUGGAGCCAGCUCUGGCGCCGGAUGCUGAAGAGGAGCUGGGAAAGGGCGGGAAUGAGAACGGCGAGGUUGUGGACGAGGGGCAAGAGGAAGCGACAGAGAAGCCCCUUACGGGCGAAGGGUUCAGCCCAGCGCCUGAAGAGAAAGCUCCCGGAGGCGGCGAAGGGGGCAGCCCCGAAGCGACCGCACGUAGCCACCGAAGCGAAGACGGAGAAAAGGCUCUGAAGCGUGAGGGCGAGACGGAGAAGCCCCCCGCCUCCAGCCCAGAACAGGACGAAGCGCUGUGCCUAACACCCGAAGAGGAAACCCGGGAAGGGGCAGCGGGGACCCCCGAGGCGACAGACAGCAGCCAUCCAACCGGAGGAGGCGAGAAGACCUCCGAUACUGAGGGCGAAGGGGAGGCAGAGAGGAGUCCUGGGGAAACGCGCGGGGAGUUGGACGAAACAGAGACGGCGGUGGGUCAGAGCCUGCAGGGCGCAAGUGGCGAGGAGGGCUCGGAGGAAGCGAGCGACGGCAGAGACUCGGUCGACUCCCUGGCCCCCGAGGAGCCCCCGGGGCAGAAAGAAGAGGCGGGCGACGGAGGGAGACCUCCCAGAGGCCAGGGGCCUCCGGAGGAGCCGGCGAGCGAAGAGCCGGUGGCGGAGGCGGGCGGCCAGCAAGAAGAGCCUGACCAGGAGCGCAGCACUGCCGCACUGGGAGGGCAGCGGGACCCUGCGGAGAUUGCCCCAGAGGAAGAGCCGCUAAGGGCUGAGAGCCCUGCGAGUUGUGCCCGACUCGGACAAACUCCCGGGGAGGAGGAGGAGGAGAGCGCUGCGGACGGGCGAGCUGCGCAAGGAGGAGAUCAGGCUGUAGAAGAGGCCGGCACCGUGCGGGCAGAGCUGGAGGGCGAACCGGAGAGUCUUGGAGCAGCACAGCCUCCGCUGGAGGACGAGUCGGCCGAGGAACCCGCCGAGGAGGAAGCCGAGCGGUCUGCGGGGGUCAACGGCACGCGAGGAAGGGAAGAGGAAGAAGCGGCGGCAGUGGGGCCACUCUCGCUUACGGCCCCGGGGGAGGAGGCGCAAGAACACGACAUCUCGCUCUUCGUCAAGGCUGGUAGUGAUGGAGAAAGUAUUGGAAACUGCCCAUUUUCUCAGCGCCUUUUUAUGAUUCUGUGGCUGAAGGGUGUUAUAUUUAAUGUUACAACUGUGGACUUGAAACGGAAGCCUGCAGACCUUCAGAACUUGGCACCAGGAACAAACCCUCCUUUUAUGAUUUUUGAUGGUGAAGUGAAAACAGAUGUGAAUAAAAUUGAAGAGUUCUUAGAAGACAAAUUAGCACCACCAAGAUAUCCCAAGCUUGCACCAAACCACCCAGAAUCAUAUUCUGCAGGAAAUGAUGUAUUUGCUAAAUUUUCUGCAUUCAUAAAAAACACAAGAAAAGAUGCCAAUGAAAAUUUGGAAAAAUCGUUGCUUAAGGCUUUAAGAAAACUGAAUGACUACUUAAAUGACCCCUUUCCUGAAGAAAUUGAUGUUAAUAGUACUGAAGAACUUACUGUUUCCAGAAGGAAAUUCCUGGAUAAUGAUGAGCUCACAUUAGCAGAUUGCAAUCUCUUGCCAAAACUUCAUAUCAUCAAGGUUGUUGCAAAGAAAUAUAGAAAUUUUGAGUUUCCCUCUGAAAUGACUGGAAUUUGGAGAUAUUUGAACAAUGCAUAUGCAAGAGAUGAAUUUACAAAUACUUGCCCUGCUGAUCGGGAAAUAGAGUUUGCCUAUCUGAAUGUUGCAAAAAGAAUGAAAUAA